AUGGCCCUUACCAAAUGCGAUAUCAAGCUCAACCGAUUCUAUGCCGACACCAGUGGCAUCAGUAGCGGCAAGAACAAGCGUGCUAAUGAGAGUGGGAGGCCUUUCGAACAAAGCUGUAAUACAUCAUCCGCGCCUGGCGACCCGCUUCCACCACUUCCUACGAUAGAGACUUAUCAGCAAUCACGAAAACUGAGGACUAGAGCUUCGGAUAUCAGCCUGGACGCCGUUGGAAGCUCUGUGCUCGGGAACAUUAUGAGCUCACCAUCAAAUGCCGACACAGAUUUGACUAUUCCUCAGAUAGUAUCAGACACAGGAUACUCUACCUUUGAGUUCGAUCUCAGGCACAAAAUCUCAGCACUGAUGCUUCAGCUUCCCCCUGGCAGACGAACAAUUCAUGGCUUUGUAGGAGGCAGACUGAGUAUUCGCUCGCUUCACCCCAGUGUAGACCUAGAUGGAUCAAGUCAUGAAGCAGCAACAGCUCACUUCAAUCCUUCGCAACGCCUAUUCAGCUAUCCUCAUGAGGACUCUCUGAAGACAAUUGACGCCAGUACAUGGGAGAAUCCUCUUCCACUACAGGUGAACGAAACUCGAUCGGUUGCUGUCAAAGCUCAAAGGCAUUCGAUGUACGAACCAUCCAGAAUUUUGGAAUGGCGAGCUGCAAGUGAUUCCGUAAUGUGCAACGCUUCACCCCAAGCUUCAGCUACACAGGCGCCUAUUGCUAAAAGACCCGCUUCGGUAGCGACUACAACAUUCUCACAAGGGCAGAAACACGGCAUGUUUGAGAGCAAUCGACUCUCUCUGACAGCACUUGAUGGGGCGAGAAGGGGACAUCGGCGCCAAAAUUGUGUUCGUAUUACCAACCUGCCUAUAUUGGAUAGCAAAUUCAAACAUGACAAAAUCGCUGCAAUGCCUCAGGUUCAAGACGCGCAGCAAUUAUCGGUCCAAACUCGAGCAGUACGAUUUGAGCACUCGCCUGCCAAGUUACUAGAAGUCGUGGAUACCACGGCUGCCCCGAAGGUCAAACCAUCACUAAUUGAUUACAAGACCUCAGCCAGCUCCACACCAUCACCUUUUCGAAAUCGACCCAUUCUGACGCCUACGACACGACCUACACACCAUCUGUUCGCUGAUGCACCAAGUAGUACUUGUUCCGGUACUCCACGUCCAGACUCAGAUGUGUUCAAUGCAACCGAUGUUCAGAUGGUGCCAUCCAGCAACUGUGCUAAUCCAUCACCUCGGAAUUGGCCCCUCUCACCAAUAUCCCCUUAUGGGAUACGAUUCAAUAACACACCCCUUUCAAUUCAACAUCCAGAGUAUCGCAGUUCUGAGUCACCUAUACUGCCUUCUCCAGCCUUCAAUGCUUCCAUGCUCUAUCCCAGAAAGUCAUUAGUCAAAGGCCCUCGCAACCCACCAGCCUCGACACACGACUAUGGAAAUCAUGGCGCAAGUCCCCUUCAUCACAAAAAACGCAAAUAUUACCCGAUAUCGAAGGAUCGAGAACCUUCUUCUGCCAAUGUCGAUCUACGGAGAUCGGUCAUGAUGCUCCGUAGCAUGAAUUCGGAGGGUCGACUCCUUGACCAUCAAAGUCAAAAGAUAUACCAUGGUAUCGGCAACAAUGGUAUCGAAAAUACUAGCGUCGAGUCCCUCAACGCGUCCACACCACCAAUGAACAAAAGAGUCAGCGGACUCCGCAAUUCGAGGUGCACCUCAGCCAUUCUUACAGUCUCACCCAACCUUGAUCGCCACCCUCGUGGCUCAAGUCCACUCCUUCAGGGGCAGAACUCAAAACUCAACCGCCUAAAGCCAACACUCGGCAGCAGUAUGUUGAACUCACAAAGCGUGCACCCCAGCAUGUCGGCAUCUCCUUCUGCAAUGUCAAUCGGCAACGUAUCGAUAUGGGAAGAUGCCAGCGUCCGAGGCGACAGUCCUGAACCUGACAUCCCAGCCUCUCGACCGACCGAAAUCCGCUCUGCUACAGCCACAGUCCGGAAAAUAAGUCCGACUGCACAGCGCCCCUUUGGUCCUCCCUCCCAUUCUGUGCCUUACAGUGGCGGGCUACACGUCCACACAGACUACAACCAUCAGCAACUCGUGGUCCGGAAGAGAACAAAAACACCCGCGAGGGUGAAACUUCAUGACUUCUCGGACACAGAAAAUUCGAACCUCGUGCAACGUCUUGAGCGCGUCGUGAGCAAUGGACAGUGGGACGGGAAGCGCCAUGGAAAUAACGCCCCACCCGCCCAGGGUCCUGAGGUCGGUCUGGGUCUACGAAUUGGAAACACUCGGCUUGGAGAGCCCAAUCUGGCUUCGAGACCAUCGAUAUUGUUCGCUUGA